AUGAUCUAUUCAAAGAGAUUUCGAUAUGAAACUCUUGGCAAGUGUAAUCGCCUCCUCGGCAACCGCCUGGAAUCAAGAUCAAGCAAAACUUCAAAACUCAAAAUGAGAAAUACUUGCUCUUUCGACUGGAUCGGCCGAGGUGAUAAGGCCUACUACAAGGAGUUCGGCAAGCAUGAAAACGGAUUCCUUGCUCAGCUGAGUACCAUCAAGUGGGGCCUUCCUUACUUGACGAAGGAGGGUGGAUACAUCGGAAUUCUCCGAUUUGAUCGAAGCUAUUGUAAGCGCCCAAUUCUCAAGGCCAUCGGAGAGGGAAGAAUCAACGUCAAUGUUUUCGACCGAUCUGAUGACAACUACAUGACUGAGGCCCAGUACUACGAGAUGCCCGCUAAUGGCGAUAAAAACACCGAAGCCGCCUUUGUCCAAUUUCGUCGAACUGGCUACGUUGCCGGCGAGUUCCUUAACAAGGGCAAAGAUCGAUUCUUCUUGGAAAUGAGCGGAAUUCAGGAUGAAUUCGAACCACUUGAUCCCGCCAAUCCCAACGUUGUCCAAGAUGACUACUAUCAGUGCUUCCAGAAUGUUGGAAUCAUGACGAUGGAAGAUGACGGCAACGGAUUCUUGAACUCUGACUAUUCCAGAUGUGCCGCUUUCCAGCGAUUCGGCCAGACACCUAACUGGAGCGAAGAACCCCAAACAACAACAACGACCACAACCACAACAACGACAACUACAACGACGACGACCUCAACGACGACGACAACCACAACUUCCGACAGCGAGUGGGAAGAAGGUCCUAUUACACUUGGUGACACUAACACCUGUACCAAUCCAGGCGUCCCAGUUCCAGCUGGUCGAUUCUACGGCGAAUUCAUGCCGUGGGACAAAAAUCGAAUUGUUGGGGGACAAGGAGUUGAAGAAGGUCAGUGGCCAUGGAUCGUUGCUCUUGGAAGUCAUUGGUGCGGCGGUUCCAUCAUCUCGAAAAACGCCGAAGGUUACGAUUAUGUUCUCACGGCUGCUCACUGCUGCCAAUCAAGUCAUGAUUACGACCAAGACAUCAAAGUUACUGUUGGGGACUGGAAAAUGAGCACUGAUUCCCCAAAUGAGUUCCAAGUCUACUCAGAUGCUAUCUUCAUGCACCCGAAUUACGAUUACUACACUUUGAGCAACGAUCUUUGCAUUUUGCGACUCCCGAAUCUGUCAGCAAUCAAUGCUGAUGCAUUUGAACCCGUCUGUCUCCCAUCAGAGAGACCCGAUCAUGGACGAAAAUGCUAUGCUGGUGGUUGGGGAACACUUCAAUCUGGAGGCUAUCAGCCAGAUCAGCUACAAGAUGUUGGCGUCUGGAUGAUGGACAAUGAAUAUUGUCAAGGCCAACAAUAUGAUGCUAGCUCGAUUGAUCAGACAAUGAUCUGCGCUGGUACACCUGAUUGGGACGAAGAUGGACUCAUCGAUGGCGGUCAAGAUGCCUGCCAAGGAGACUCUGGUGGGCCCCUUGUCUGCCUUGAGAACGGAAUCCCAACUCUUGUUGGUGUUACCUCCUGGGGCUAUGGUUGUGCUUAUGAAGGAUACCCGGGCAUCUGGGCGUCUACCGCUGACAAUUUGCAGUGGAUCGAUGACGUCAUUAACGGAGUCGUCACUGUACCUCCGACGACAACAACCACAACGAACACAAUGGGUCCACCACCAGAUGGAUGGGAAGAUGGACCAGCUACAAUGGGUGACGUUGCCGUCUGCACUGAUGCCAGUCAUGAUUACUCAGGACCAAUCAGCGAUCACGUUUUCCUUCCAUGGGAUGACAUGAAAGUUGUCGGCGGUCAACCAGUUGAAGAAGGACAGUGGCCAUUUAUUGUCGGGCUCGGCGGCAACAGUGACGGCUGGGAGCACUGGUGUGGCGGCACUAUCAUCUCAAAGAAUGCUGAAGGCGAUGAUUGGAUUUUAACCGCGGCUCAUUGCUGCUGGCAGAAUGGAGCAGAGCUUAACAAUAUCCGAGUCGGUGACUGGAAGCAGUCAACUGUGUCUCCUCACGAGUUCUCUACUUCUGGAAUUCAGUACAUCCAUCCUGGAUAUGAUGACUGGAGUUUGGCAAAUGAUUUGUGCCUCCUUCGAGUCCCAAAUCUCUCUGCUGUAAAUCCUGAUGCUUUUGAAAAGACAUGUCUUCCAACAUCUCGACCAGAGCAAGGUCGAAAAUGCUACACCGCUGGCUGGGGAACGCUCCAUCAAGACGACUGGGACAGUCCAGAUACCCUUCAUGAUGUUGGAAUCUGGAUGAUGGGCAACGACUACUGUCACGAAACAGGCAACGGUUACGAAGUCGAUCAAACGAUGAUCUGCGCCGGUGUUCCUGAUAUUGACGGAAAUGGAAUUCCAGAUGGUGGCAUGGACGCUUGCUAUGGUGAUUCCGGUGGGCCUCUGGUCUGUCUUGAGAACAACAUGCCAUAUGUUGUUGGAAUCACGUCGUGGGGUUACGGCUGUGCGCAAGAAAACUAUCCCGGCGUCUGGGCUUCCGUCGCUGACAAUCUUGACUGGAUCUACGGAACGAUGGACGGAUCCUACACAACAACAACCACGACUUCUACAACAACCACAACUACCGAAGGACCCCCACUUCCUCCAAGCGUAUGGGAAGAAGCUCCAGGCACCAUGGGACCAGUCGAUGUCUGCCCAGCUCCUGGAACUCCUUACUCCCCUGCCUCCCGAAGCAGCCCGAAGAUGACUCCAUGGGACAAAAACAGAAUCGUCGGCGGCCAGGAAGUUCUCGAAGGUGAAUGGCCGUUCAUGGCCGGUUUGUACAAAUCUGGCUACGGUUUCUUCUGCGGCGGAUCUGUUAUCACCAAAAACUCGGCUGGACCGGAUUACAUCCUUUCCGCGGCUCAUUGCUGCGAGGCAUUUACAGACAAUACCUAUGAAGUCAGUAUUGGUGAUUGGCGGCGAGGAGAUCACCAAACAAGCAGCGGUGAGUUUACUGUCCUUGGAAAGAAACUCUCUCAUCCAAAUUACAACACUGUUACUCUUGACAACGAUUUGUGCAUCUUGGAGGUCCCCAAUCUUCUUGCUGCAGCUGCAUCAAGAAAUGUUGGGGCAGAUUCUUUUGAAGCUGUUUGUCUUGCAGAAAGUCGACCAGAGCAUGGUCGAAAAGUCUACGCCGCUGGCUGGGGUGCUACCUCCGAGGGAGGCUACACUUCCAACACCCUUAAAGAUGUAGGCAUCUGGUACAUGAACAAUGAGUACUGCGAAGCAACAUCAAAUGGCAUGUAUGGAAUCAGUCAAGCAAUGAUCUGCGCUGGCGUUCCCGAUCUCGAUGAAAACGGAAUUACAGACGGUGGAGAAGACGCUUGUCAAGGUGAUUCCGGUGGGCCACUGGUGGUUCUUGAGAACGGAGUUCCUGUCCUUAUCGGUGCUACCUCCUGGGGAAUCGGUUGCGCUCGGCCUGACUAUCCAGGUGUCUGGGCUUCUGUUCCUGAUAAUCUCGACUGGAUUUUGGAAAAUAUCAUUGUUGCCUGA